UUUAUUCCAUGCUCAUAUUUUACUUCCUUUACCAGAGCACUGCAUCUUAAAGAGAAGAGAAAGAAGGGAGGGCUAACAAGGUUUCAGUUCUUCAUCAUAGUCUUCACUGGAAGCUUUGCUUACUAUGCCAUCCCAGGCUUCCUCUUCCCUGCCGUCUCCAGCAUCUCCGUUCUCUGCUUAGUAUAUAAAAACUCCAUCAUCAUGCAGCAGAUUGGAUCCGGACUCAACGGGAUGGGCGUCGGAUCCUUCGGUCUCGAUUGGUCAACCGUCGCCGGCUUCCUUGGCAGCCCGUUGGCCACGCCAGCAAUGGCAAUCAUCAAUAUAAUGAUAAGCUUCGCCUUAAUUGUUUACGUUCUUCUUCCGCUCGCAUAUUGGACGAACAUUUACAAUGCUAAGCGCUUCCCCUUGAUCUCUGCUAACGUCUACGACGCUUUCGGCCAACCAUACAACACGACACGAAUAAUAAAUAGUAACAGCUUCACUCUAAAUAUUCAGCAAGAAGAGGAUUAUAGCAAGCUGAACAUGACCGCCGCAUUUACUUUGGUUUAUUGCAUGAGCUUCGCUACCCUAACGGCGACAAUCACGCAUGUUGCUCUCCAUAAUGGAAAGGAUAUAUGGAAGAUGUGGAAAAAUUCGAAAGAAUAUGCGAAGGAGAAGAUAGAGGAUGUUCAUACUAGAUUGAUGAAGAGAAAUUAUGAGCCGGUGCCUCAAUGGUGGUUUAUUGUUCUCUUGGUUGUCAUAAUUGGACUCUCCUUGUUCACUUGCUUAGGAUUUGAUAGACAACUACAGCUUCCAUGGUGGGGGGUAUUAUUGGCUGCUUCCAUGGCUAUGUUAUUCACAUUACCUAUUGGAGUAAUCGUGGCAACGACAAAUCAGGCACCUGGGAUUAAUGUUCUUUCUGAGUACAUUGUCGGCCUACUGUUACCUGGAAAGCCUCUAGCAAAUGUGACAUUCAAGAUGUACGGCACAAUAAGUCUGGGACAGGCACUCACACUUUUAAGCGAUUUAAAUCUGGGACACUACAUGAAAAUACCCCCAAAGGCAAUGUUUUUCACACAGUUUACAGGUAGUGUGAUAGCGGCUACUGUUUCCUAUGGAACAGCGUGGCUGCUUCUCGACACUGUGGAGGAUAUAUGCGACCCAAGUAAACUUCCACCAGGAAGCCCAUGGACUUGCCCUGGCAGCGACGUCUUCUAUAAUGCCUCCAUUAUUUGGGGCCUUGUUGGCCCAAUGAGAAUGUUUGGAAAAUUUGGGCACUACUCAGCCUUAAAUUUCUUCUUCCUCAUAGGUUUAUUGUUACCAAUUCCAUUUUGGCUUCUUGCGAAAACCUACCCUCAAAAUAAGUUUUUCAGAUCUAUCCACAUACCCUUACUCAUCUCAGGUGGAGCUGCGGUUCCACCAGUACACUCAGUGAACUUUAACAUGUGGGGCGCGGUUGGAAUUUUUUUCAAUUAUUAUAUUUACAGGAGGUAUAAGAACUGGUGGGCAAGGCACACAUAUGUUAUGUCAGCUGCUUUAGAUGCUGGAGUAGCCUUCAUGGGAAUACUCAUAUAUUUUGUAUUACAAUCACAUAACAUCUUUGGAAUUGGUUGGUGGGGGGGUGUUGCGCAAGAUCAUUGCCCGCUUGCAAGUUGUCCUACCGCUCCUGGUGUUGUAAUUGAAAAUUGUCCUAUAAUUCAAUAAAAAUAUCAAGGGUUGCCCUUGAGAUCGGAAUUUACAUCAAUGCUUGUCUUUAUUGCCAUUUGAUGUUUCAAAAUUGGAAGAUCUGCAUACCUAGCACACAAUUCUUAUUUAUAUACAUAUCUCACAC